AUGGCCGCCGUCUCCGCCGCGGGGCCAUCGCGCUACGCCAUGUCGACGAGCCCAUUCGAAGACAACGGGGCUGUGGAACACCUCCCAUCCCCCGUGCUGCCUCCCUCGCAACUGCCGCACGAGUUCGACCUGCUGCCCAACGGGUCCGCGGCAUCGGGGUCCGACUCGCUGCGCGCCGACGCGACAGCAAAUGGUUCGGCGGCAGGCAGCUCUGCGAGCCUCGGAGUCGAGCGGCGCAUACGCUCGACCCCGUCUGCCACGACGUCGGACACGAGCUCCAUUCGCAGCGCAUCCCUGCACUCGGCCAGCGUGCACUCGUCCACACGAGAACGCGCACUAGGCGGCAUAUUCGCGCGUCGAGGGAGCGCUCUCCCCAACGGCCGCAGACCCAAGAGUGCGAGCUCGAACCAGUCGAGCUCGCAUGUCGCCGACGAUGAGUUUGAGAUGACGCCCAUGUCGCGGUCCAAGAAGAAGCGUAUCGUGGAGGACAUUGAAAAGCACGUCGACCGCGCAAAGGCGGACGCCGCGUUGGGCAAGUGGAGGAGAUGGAUCGCCGAGCAGCCGCCUCAAGAGGCAGAAGCUCACCCCAUCCUCCCCAGCCCACACCUAUACAACAACGGCACAAUCAACUCAAUGUCGUCGAGCGGCUACCACGGCGGCAGCAGCAACUACCACUCUUCCGGCCACAGCCACAACCACUUUCAACCACCAACCGCAGCCUCCCUCUUCCCCCGCUACUCUCAGCUUUCAGAGUCCCACUCGGCGCCGUUCACAGAACACAUGAACGGCGACAUCCCUCUCCCCAGCGAGGCCGUCAUCGCGUCGGCGCGUGGCUCCAUUGCCGGCCCCAGCACCCCGCAGUGGGUCAGCGAUCCCUCGUCGUCCGAGGCCUCACAUGCUCGCCCAUUAACCCCCCACUCGACCUUUCCCUCGCUUGUGCCCGGCGCACAAGAGAUCUACCUUACCGAGAGUGUCCGCAUGCUCCGUGACGUCGAGCUCGCAGUCGACCCAGUCUACUACGACCAGGCUACUGGUGGCUCGCCCAAUGCCCGCUCCAGGAGGCUGUCGACCCAUCCGCGACUGUCCGACAUGGAGAACCCAUUCUGCUCAAUCGACACUCUGCUGGCCCGGAGGCGUAUCCGCCCACUGGUCCUCGAGCUCGUCCAAGCUCUGGGUGCCUACAUUGACGCCGUGUGGGCAACCACACACCCAGGGCGUCCAUGUCCAUGGGCCGGUGUCCCCAUUGCCGCCGCCGUGCGCCGCGCCUCGCUUGCCGCCAGCAUCCCCGCACCCAAGACGUGGCGGUCGUGGACUCUGACGGCGGCCCGUGAGGCAAAGCGCCAGGGCUUCCUCGCCAACCCGCCAACGGUCAGCGAGGUCGCGUUCUGGGGCUGGGAGAUCCGUUAUGGGCUGCGCGACAUUGACGAGGCCGUCAACCGCCGUAAAGACCUCGGAUGGGCCUUUGGCGAGGUCGUCAUCCGCGGCCAGUACGGCGACAUUCUGCCCGCAAACGUGUUCGCAGCAGACGGCGGCGGAGGCAACUUGUGUCGUCUCCUGAAUGACCUCGAAGAGGCAUUGUGGGGCGAUGCCAUGCCCGCACCCAGUGACUUGGCGUUUGAGCACGACUUCAACUUCAACCCAUUCUCAGUAUACCGCGAAGGCGACGAGCUCAUCGGCGUCGAGACGACCAACCGCGGCAUCGAGGCGCGCGAGGCCGAGAUGCGUAAAGUCUUUGGCGUCGACUUUUUCCCGGCCGUCUCGGCGAGCCACACGAGCCACACCCUCUCUCCUCUGGGCUUGCCACCGCACUCGCACUCGCCGCCAUCCGCGUCCCACCACGCGCCAUUACCGCCAUCGCGCGGCGCGUCAUUCUCCCCCGACGCGCCACCCUCGCUCUCGCUCCCCUCGUCGCCCAAGAGCAAGUAUGACGCGUCGCCGCGCACGCCCGCCGACGCGGCCAUCCUCGUCAUGCCCGACCUGGACUUUGUGGCUCUGGGCGCGCUCCAGGAGAUGACCAUGGAGGAGAAGCUCGAGCUCGGACGCAGGCGGCACAAGGAGUAUCUCGAGCGCACGCGCCUCGAGAACGCCGUGGCGAACGGUACGCCGGGGCUUGCAUUAUAG